AUGGAGCACACAAGAAAUGGUGAUCUGAAAGUCAGCUAUGAGCAGCGGGAGCUGUUCGGGCGGCGCCGGAACAGCACCUCGCCGUCGCCCGCCUACGUCGACCUCACUGGGGAGGCCGUGGACAGCCGCCCGGCAGCGGCAAGGGUGCCAUUGCCGCCGAAGAGCACCCCGAGCCGGCAGGGCACUUGCGCUGACGGCGAGCUCGACGUGUUCUCGGCUGAGCGUUACUUCAAGGGCGCAAUGGAUGGCCACCACCAGGAGGGCCCCGCCACGCCCACGCGCGUGGAGGCUGUGGCCGCGGGGGCGAGGCCAGCUGUGCCGGUGAGCGAGCCGGCGUGGAAGCGCACGUCGUCGGCGAGCGCCGGCUCGGUGGGCAGCGCCAACAGCCAGACCGUUCUCCUACGGGAUGCGCGCCGCCGCCCGCGAUACCGCUGCAUGAAGUGCUGCCUCCAGGUAGGCGUGCUCCUGCGUCUGUGCUCCGGGAAGCGGGCCGUGCGCGUAGACGGCGCGGCCGCCGUGGCGACAGAGACCGCCGGAUCGAGCAAGCUGGCGGCAUCGGCGACGGCGAGCAAUAUCGAGUGGUACAAAGACCUGCGGAGGGAGAAGGCUGGCCUCGGGCUAACCGGAGACGGCCACCGUGGCGUGGUUGCUGGCCUCCCGCCAAAUUUGAAUCUCGGGGCAUCAGGAGUGGCAGCCGUAGGGAGGGAAGAGAAGCAGGGCGAGUACACGAGCGCGAGCUGUAGGAGAGGAAGCUUCACUCUUCCAGCUCCGGUGGAAGUCAGCUGCGGCAGAGGCGGCGGCGACGACGACGGCGGGAGCGAGUCGAGCUCGGACCUGUUCGAGAUCAAGAGCCUAAUGAUCGACGACUGCCCGCACGAGCCCAGCGAGGAAAGCGUCCAGUGGAGCGUGGUGACCGCGAGCGCGGGUGGCGGCCGCACCGGCGCCCCGGUGGCCGUGACGCAGAACAGGGACAGUCCGGUUGGGAUAUUGACAGGGUGCCUGAGCCGCGGGCCGGUGGAUGUGUCGGCGGUGGCCGGGGUGUGCAGGUUCCCCGACCCGUCGGCGUCGGCGUCGGCACCGGCGCAUUGA